UACACGCAAUGUAAAAAUUUCGAUUUCGAAGUUAUUAAUCGAGUUUGAUAAAUAUUUACUCUACAAAUUAACCCAUAAAACAUGUAAUCCUUCCAAUCAUCCAAUAAUUACCAUGAUAACUAAUAAUCUCCGCAGCAAAUGUCAAGUUUGUACAGGUUAUGUUCACCCGAUUUCAAAAACAGACGGUGUUCCUCUACAAGAAAAACCACUAUAAAAAGUAAACAAUCAAGCACGAUAGCCUCGAGAGCGCCAAAUGUUCGAAUUAUGCCCGAUAAGCACCAGUUUGCAGCAUGUCUUGUGAAGACUCGGCCGAAUCCCGGCAAAACAACGAAUUCGCGGCCCUAGAGGCGAUUUACGCCGAUGACUUGAAAGAUCUGAGGGGCAAAUCGGCGUGGAACAAAUGGAAACCUUUGAAUUUCAAGAUUUCCUUGACUCCCCAGCAAGGUAGCUCUGGUUGCAACGAGGUGUACGCAAAACUCGACUUACACAUUAUUUGUGAUGAAGAUUACCCCAAUAGCGUGCCUAAAAUCAAGCUGGAGAAUAGUAAAGGUCUUUCGGAUAAUUUGCUUUUUCAGUUACAAAGGGAUUUGGAGAGGACUGCCAAUGCGUUGAAGGGGGAAGAGAUGGUUUUUCAGUUGUCGCAGCACGUGCAGGAGUUUUUGCAUAGGCAUAAUAAGCCGGCGUCGAAGAGUUUUUAUGACGAGAUGUUGCAGCGGCAGAAGGAGAAGAAGGAGAAGGAUUUGCAGGAGAGGUUGAUGGAGGAGGAUAGACAAAGGCAAUUUAUGCAACUGGAGGUUCAGAAGAGACAGGAGAUGUUAAAAUCAGAGUCGCGUUUAAGGCGUGAAACUAGGUAUAAUUCAGAGAAUUCCAAUGAGAAUGACAGUGAGGAUAGGAGGCAGUCUCUAUCAAACAACUCAAACGAAAAUAGCGACGAGUGUCUCUGUGAUCACAAAAAAACCGUACUUAUAGAAUUCAGUGGCAGAGAAAUAAAAAGAGGCCAGUGUUUAAGGCAUUGUAGUUUUAACCAUAUUGUAUUUAUUGGUAUGGAUGUAAGAACAGGCGAGAUUGUUCUUUUGAGUGAAUGGACUAUAACCAAUUCAAAACAUUUAGCCAGUUUAGAACAAGAAUUUAAUUAUUUGACAAAGUUAAGACACCAGAAUCUCAUACACUACCUAAAUUUUAAGUGUGAAAAUGUCUGUGAUGGAAAAAUUGUUGUGUACAUUUUAAAAGAGUUUAUUAACGGACCGAACUGUUUAUUUUUUAUGAACGAGAAUUUCAGCGUGAAUAUCCAGUUUGUUAAAUACGUUGCAAAGGGUGUCUUGACCGCUUUAGACUAUUUACACAGAAACAACGUUGUUCAUAAAGACAUCAGGGAGAGCUGCGUUUAUAUAACAGAAAAAGGUACUGUGGCUCUAUCCAACUACAGUUUACACCGCCGCCUUACCGACAUUACCUCACAAUCCAACUCCUUUACCAACUACAGCAAAAAGACUGACAUUUACAAAUUUGGUGCUUUUUUGGUGGCACUAUUGCAGGGCUCAGUUGUAUCAAACGACGAAGACAUCAACAUACCGACCACCGUACCUCCAGAGCUUCACGAUUUUAUUUCAAGAUGUUUGCACAAACAAGAAAAAGAACGAUGGACGGCAAUCCAGUUACUAAAUCACGCAUUUUUGCGCCACAACGACCUCCUGACGUCACCCGCCCACAAAAUCAACUUGAACGUCGAAGACAGAAACGUUUCGCCGGACGUGACAGCAACCGAACUUUCACUGUUACAACAAAGCGGCCAAUCGCGAAUCGAUCAAGAGUUCGAGUUACUCGACAACUUAGGGAAGGGGGCGUUCGGGGAUGUGAUUAAAGCGAGGAAUAACUUAGACGGCCGGUAUUACGCGAUAAAACGGAUCAAACUCAACCCGAAGAACAAACAACUGAAUAAAAAAAUCGUGAGAGAGGUUAAGUUACUGUCGAGACUUAACCACGAGAAUAUCGUUCGGUAUUACAAUUCGUGGAUAGAGCGGACGGUUAUUAAGAAGGAUGAUAGUAGUGAGAUGGAGACCACCACGUCGACUGAGACCGAAAAGCGACCCAAAAUUAUCCGUCCUGACGAGUUCACUCUUAACGAUAACAUUGAAGAACUCGCACCUUCGCUUAAAAGUGUCGAAGUGUCGAUUACGUACGACAGCAAAUCGCAAGCUCCUUUUGAUUCGAGUUCCGAUGAGUCGAGCAGCGACGACGAAAACAGAUGGGGAGUAUUUGAGGUGGAGUCCGACGGUAUCGAAUUCGAGGAACCCAGUAUUGAAGAAAACGUCGCCGAGCAGUCGCCUCAGUCCACCAAAAGCACACAUUCCAGAGAUUCGACUUUCGAAAACGGCCGCCAAAUCGAAUUCAUGUACAUCCAGAUGGAGUUCUGCGAGAAGAGUACCCUAAGAAACGCUAUCGACAACAGCGUGUACUUAGAUGAAGUUCGCGUCUGGAGAUUAUUUAGGGAAAUCGUUGAAGGGUUGGCACACAUCCACCAGCAGGGCAUGAUCCACCGGGACCUCAAGCCCGUUAACAUUUUCUUGGACUCGGCCGACCACGUGAAAAUCGGCGACUUCGGGUUAGCUACCAACAUAAAAACGAAGUUGAACGAAUACAACUUCGGGCGGCCGUUCCAAACAGAGGAGGACACGAUGGACGAAAGCAAGACGGGUUUGAUCGGGACUGCUCUGUACGUAGCUCCCGAACUGAGCGUGGCGUCCAAAGCCACUUACAACCAAAAGGUCGAUAUUUACAGUCUAGGGAUAAUUUUUUUCGAGAUGUGCUACAGACCCUCGGCUACCAACAUGGAGCGCAUCACUAUUUUAACAGGAAUACGUAAAAAAGACGUCGUUUUGCCUGAGGACUUCCCGAAUGACGAUAAACAGAAGUUUUUGAUUAGGUGGUUGUUGAACCAUGACGUAUCGAAGCGACCGACGUCACAGGAGCUGCUGCAGUCCGAACACGUGCCGCCGCCUGUGUUGGAGGAGUGCGAACUGAGGGAGUUAGUCAGGCACACUUUGAGUAAUCCUCAGUUGAAAUGUUACAAGUAUUUGAUCGCUUCGUGUUUUGACCAGACGUUGACGCCUGCGCAGGAUAUUACGUACGACAAGGACCCAUCGGCGCCUACGUUGAGCAAGCCUUUGAACUUGUACGACUACGUCAGAGAGGUCAUUGUUAAGAUUUUUAAGCAACAUGGCGGCCAGAAUUUACCGACGCCAUUGUUAAUGCCGAAAAGCCAGUACUAUGAGGGGGUCGAGUCUUGUGUUAAACUCAUGACGCACUUUGGAGGUAUCGUGUCGCUUCCGCACGACCUGAGAGUCCCGUUUGCGCGCUACGUGGCCUGGAAUGGAAUAACUUCGUUCAGGCGGUAUUCAGUCGAGAGGGUGUAUCGAGAGAAGAAAGUUUUCGGGUUUUUACCGCGCGAAUUGUACGAAUGUGCCUUCGACAUCGUGAGUCCUACUCCGGGGAACCACAUGCCCGACGCGGAAAUCCUCUACGUCAUUUUCGAAAUCAUCAACGAACUCCCGGUUGUGAAGAACAAACAAGUAACGAUACGGUUGAAUCACACGUCUUUGAUUAAAGCGAUUUUGUUACAUUGUGGCAUCAAGGACAAACACCAGGAGGUUUUAGAGAAGUUCUCGGACGUCAAAGAUGGCAAAAUGUCAAGGAGCGACUUACAAACUUAUCUCAUCAGCUUUGGACUCUCUGACAAUUCAAUAGCGACUUUAACCAACAUCUUCAGUUCGGAGUUUGAAGUGUGCAAAGCCGUCAAUCAGUUGCAACAAAUCACGCGCAAAAAAGCCAACGAGGCGAGUCUUUUAGCUAAGCAAGCGUUGCAAGACUUGAAGACCAUAGCACACAAUGCUGAAGCGUUCGGAGUGACGUUCGAAAUGGUGGUAGCCCCGGGGGUUAUUUACAACAUCCAGCAGUAUUCCGGUAUGAUUUGCCAGUUUGUGUGCGAGUUGAAGAAGAAGCACAAGCACGGUAACAAGGAGGUUUUGGCUGCGGGAGGCCGCUACGAUUCCAUGAUCACCUCCUACAGGAAGAUGAUUGACAACGCGAAUAUGUCGGGUCGCGACAUCCGGCAGUCCGCAGUCGGGAUUUCUUUAUCUUUAGACAAGCUAGUGCAGGCCGUGAUGCGAGAACAAAGCGAGGAUCUACCGAAUACGGAGUACCUCGACGUGGCGGUGUGUUCCGUGGGGUCUAAACCCAUGCUGAAGGAAAAAACGAAGGUCCUGCGAAGUCUGUGGGCUGUGGGUUUGCGUUGCGUCAUGGUGGAAGCCACCAACAUCGAGGAAAUCCACGAGCAGUGCACCGAGCUCAAGGUCCCUCACGUCAUCAUGCUGAAAGACGGCGAGCAAGGCGUGGUGCGCGUGCACAGUUGGGAGCGCGAGCGAUUCCAAGAGAAAAUGUUCAAGCUGCCCGAGCUGGUGGAAAACAUGCAGAGGAUUAUCAAAACGUGGAAGGAAGGCUCGCAGGAGGUCGCCCCCGCCGCCGGGAUCCUCUCCAAGUCCGACAGCAAGAGCAGUUACUCGGAAAAGAACGACGCACACGACGCUACGGUGUCGGUCAUGUUCGUGACCGCCGAGAAACUAUCGGCUAACGCUAGGAGGCGCUACGAGCUGCAGAUCAGGAGUCACUUGGACGGGUUAUUCAAGAAAUUGAGCGGCUCGGUCACCGUGUUGGGGGUUAGUGUGGAGUCGAACGUGAUUCGGACGAUAGCGUCGUAUUUGGAGUGGGAGAGCGACCAUCAGUAUCAUCGGAGUCUUGAGAUUAUUUUCGAAAAACACCAGCGCCACAAGAAGAACUUAUCCGACAUCUGUGAUGAAAUAUACGAACAGAAGUGCAAAAAGACGAAACCUAUAGUAAUUCUGUUUAGCUUACACGAUUCGUUCCAUAGGUUACUGAUUUGAGUUAAAUACAAUAUUUUUACAUA